CUGAGACCUAUGCUGUGGCUGUCAAAUAUAAGAGAGUUUGCUGGUUACGGUCUUCUUAACUCAUUGGAUUUCCAACAAGAUGACCUGCAUUCUUAUGAUCCUGCUCUUUGCAGCACUCCCUCUCAGCAUGGCCUCCCAGAUCAACACUAUAGUGGGCCAGUCAGUGCUGCUGCCCUGCUUCAUCCCCCCUCUGAAGGACACCCGGGUCUACUGGCAAACACCUGAGGACAGUAAGGGAAACGUUUUGGUGCUCCACUUCAUCAAUAUGGGUGUGGAGGACCUUGAACGCCAGGCUCCUCAGUAUCAGAACCGCACUGCUCUGGACCUCAGUCAGGUGGCUGCUGGAAACCUGAGUCUGGAGCUGAGAAACGUGACAGAGAUGGACAACCAAACCACCAUAUACUGCCUUUGGUCCAGGCCAAAUCAGGAUGCGACAGAAUCCAGCCGCAUCACUCUGACCGUGCUGCAGACGUCUGAUGUUGCAGUCCCUUUCAGUAAUACCUCCCAUAUCAACCCCCCUAUCACGCUGCCAAAGCCUGAUGUUGCACUCCCUCUCAGCAUGGCCUCCCAGAUCAACGCCACAGUGGGCCAGUCAGUGCUGCUGCCCUGCUCCAUCUCCCCUCUGAAGGAUACCCGGGUCUACUGGAAAACAGCUGAGGACACAGUCUCUCUUAGAUCCUUCCAGAUCAACGCCACAGUGGGCCAGUCAGUGCUGCUUCAUCUCCCCUCUGAAGGACAGGUCUACUAG